CCUCCGAGAACAAGGAAGAGGUAGAUGAGAGGACGACCUGAAAAGUACGCUUUCUCGUUCUCUGUAGUUUUCGAUAAGCAACCUUCAAGGUGCAAGGAAAAGGAAGCGGAAGUGAAAGAUGCGUAUCCUUGCGGCCUCUUAGCAACGCGAGGUGUGGGUCAAGUGAUAACCAGCUGAUUCCGGUAAAGGAAGGUACUGUGGCUGGGUCUGUUGCAGUCACGGUUGCCCCGCCGGGAGCCCGAGUCGAACACCCGUCGUCAAAAUGUCGGGCAAAGACCGGAUUGAAAUCUUUCCCUCACGAAUGGCACAGACUAUCAUGAAGGCUCGAUUAAAAGGAGCACAGACUGGUCGAAACCUCCUGAAGAAAAAAUCUGAUGCCUUAACUCUUCGAUUUCGACAGAUCCUAAAGAAGAUCAUAGAGACUAAAAUGUUGAUGGGUGAAGUGAUGAGAGAAGCUGCCUUUUCUCUUGCUGAGGCCAAGUUCACGGCAGGAGAUUUCAGCACCACCGUCAUCCAGAACGUGAAUAAAGCCCAAGUGAAGAUUCGCGCAAAGAAAGAUAACGUAGCAGGUGUUACUUUGCCAGUAUUUGAACACUAUCAUGAAGGAACUGACAGUUAUGAACUGACCGGUUUAGCCCGAGGAGGGGAACAGUUGGCUAAAUUAAAGAGGAAUUAUGCCAAAGCAGUGGAACUACUGGUGGAACUAGCCUCGCUGCAGACUUCCUUUGUUACUUUGGAUGAAGCCAUUAAGAUAACCAACAGGCGUGUAAAUGCCAUUGAACAUGUCAUCAUUCCCCGGAUUGAACGUACCCUCGCUUAUAUCAUCACAGAGCUGGAUGAGAGAGAGCGAGAAGAGUUCUAUAGAUUAAAGAAAAUACAGGAGAAGAAAAAGAUUCUCAAGGAAAAGUCUGAGAGGGACUUGGAGCAACGGAGGGCAGCUGGAGAGGUGAUGGAGCCUGCUAAUCUUCUGGCUGAAGAGAAGGAUGAGGAUCUUCUGUUUGAAUAACCUUUCCUGCUCCGGUUCUGGCAGAAAUCCUAACGUGGCACCAAAUUAGUUCAUGGUGUGUAGGGUUGGUUUGUGUAACUUUUUUUUUGGCCUAAUAAUUUCACUGGUUGUAAAAUUUCCCUGGAUGUCCAUUUAUGGGAUUACCUUUGCAGAAUCCUAAUUUAGCAACCAUUUAUCAUCAAGGAUGUGAUUUGGAUAACCUGCCCAGGAACUUGUACGGAGUUUAUUCUGCAGAAGUGUCACCCUACUCCAUCUGCAUCUGUGUUACAAGUGAUCGGCUUACCAAGCACAUUAGGAAAUUCCCCUUAGGAGCCAGCAGUGGUCUCAGGCCAGCUACUGCUGGAGCUCCCUUUGCCCCUCCCCACUCACACACCUUGGUGCUGUUGUCUGUGACCGCUGCAGCCAUCCUUGUGUUACUGUGGUACUACUCUCCUCAAGCUUUAUGAAAGCCCUCACUCAUUUUCCUUUGCAUGACAGGUCUCUGUUCUCUCUAUCAUGGAGCAGUUUUGCCAAUUUGAAUGUAACUAUGGUAUAAACAGUAACAUCAUUUAAAACGAGUUGUUCCUUUUUUUUAAAAAAAAGACAACAGCUAAGGAAACAGAACCUGUAUCUGUGCCUAUAGAGGGCAUUCCUCCAUAGUGAGUAAUACGUCAACUAUUUGGUUUUUCACCCAGAAGUUCCAGUGGACUUAACUUCAGGCAAAAACAUGAAGCCAGGAUGGUCAUUAGAAAUGUUGAAACCCUGAUGGCAGAGGAUGUUAAUACAGGAAGAGAGAGUACUCAGUGGCU